GCUGACUUUGCGGCCGCUGCUGAAGGCUGAUUGUUGCCGAGAGUUUUCUUGUCAAAAAACAAUUCAGAGGUUUCCCAUCAUGUUACCCGAGAAGAAAGAGGCGAUGGCGACUCCGUGUCGGAGGGGCCCUUGCUGCAGGGAGGUGCUGGGUCCAACUCCAUGCUCUGUGGCUGUGAUAGAGAAACAUACAGGAACCAGAACUCAAUCAAAAAUGAUGAGAGAAGCUGAUCUGGAUUCAGUUUGUCAGGAGUAUAGAAAGUUUGUAAAAGACUUUGAAGAAUGCAAACUCAAGAAUGUUCUUGAGUUAGAAGAAGAACAUAAAAGGUUACUGUGCAGCGUCAGGCACAAGCUCAAAAAGGCAAUGGAAUUUUAUAAAGAUGAUAUAGAAGAAAGAAGAGAAAGGCUGCGAGAACUUCUGGAAGCUGAGGAGAAAGAUUACGUGAACCAACUUAACCUUUUGGGAGAAACAGUUUUAGAGCGACAAGCAAAAAUGAGGCAACAAGUAAAAGAUCUUAAGAUACAAAGGGAGCGGGAUCGACAAAAACUGAUUGCAGAAAAACUUGAUCAACAAUUCCGGGAGCAAUGUGAGGAGCUGCAAACAAAGCUAUCUCACCAACGAGAGCAAGAGCUGGUCAAGGACUGGCAGGCACAAAUAGAAUUCAAUAAGAGACUGCAGAAUCAGCAAAAGGAAGAGGAUCAGCUCUUUGAUCAACUGUGGGAGAAGGACCGACUUGCCAAAGAGGAAAGGGCAGAAAAAGAAAUGAGAGAGCAAAAUGAGAAAAAGCAAGAAAUCCUGGCUGGUCAGCAGGAGCAGAUAGCGGAAGCUGAUGCUAAACGCAUGGAUCAGAAGCGCCAAAAAGAACAAGAGGCAGAGUUGAUGAAAGAAAAACAGCGUCUUUCAAAGUUGGAAGAUGAGCGGCUUGAGAGGGAGAAAAUUCAGAAACAGAAGAAAGUCCGUGAUAUUUUGGACAAUUCAAGAGUAUUGAAGGCAAAGCGAAUGGCAAAAGAGCAGGAGGAGGAGCAGGCACUUGAUAUAAAGUUAAGGGAUCAAGCACUGAAGGACAUUGCUGAUGAUGCCCAGGCACAGAUGCGGAAGAAGAUGGAUCUAAAGAGAGAACAGCAGCUAUAUCGAAGUUACUUGGCCCAGAAGGCAGAUGAUGAAAAACUUCAGGAAGAGGAAGCAAACCGGCUGAUUGAGGCAGACAUGGAGAAAACAUGGGCUAAACGCCUUGAACAGAUGCGCUUAAAGAAAGAGGCUCAAGACCGCCUCAAGAAGGAAGUGAUGGAAACACGCAAGCUUCAGGUUCAAGAGAAAUUGGAGGGAAAUACAAAGUCCCCACAACAACUGGCAGCUGAACGAGCAAAACUGGAUACAUUUGUUGAAGAACAGAAACAAGUGGAAGAGGAGAAACUGGUCAGAGAGAAACAAGCCCGGAAAGUGUUUCAGCAGGACCUCCUAUCUCAGAUCAAUUACCAAAAGCAACAACGUGAGAGAGAGAAAGUGGAGAGACAGCGAGAAGUUGAGGCAGGAAAACUACAAGAGGAAGCUUACCAGAAGAAACUUCAGGAAGCUCUCUCUAAACCUUAUACAGGCACUGAGAAAAUCCACCCCUGGAGGAGGAAGAAUUGCACCGUCCCCAAUGAAGUGUGUUAGAUUUAUUACUGCAACAUUAGAGAUGGAUACCACAGUUUUGUUUGAUUUAUAAGAAUAUUUGAGUGGUAUUUAAUGCUCAGUAGAACAUUUUAA